AUGAAAUCAUUAAAAGGAUCUCGAUUUGUGGAUGUAAAACAAAAUAUCUAUAAACAUUUUGCUUCAAAAGGUUGUCUACUGGAUAAAUCUAUCUUUAAAAUAGCAAUUUAUAUGUUAUGUCACAAAACCUAUCUGGAUCCUAGAAUAGAAGCGUACUAUGAUGGAUAUUCAUGUUGUUAGUAAAUUGUUGUAUCCCCAAAACUUUGAAACGCAGUUAUUUUUUACUGCAAUCGUCGUUUUGGAUUUAUAAACCUUUACUUUUUAUCAAAAUUAAAACCACGAAAAAUUGGCUUUACGCAUUCUUGCGAGUUUCUUCACAGGAAUACUAAAGCUGACUUUUUUUGAUUUUAAUAUUUCAAGAGGAAACAAGAAAGCAGUACAUGUGCAUUUUUUAUUUCAAGAGGAAACAAGAAAGCAGCAUUUCGGGGGUUUUGCUUAUUUUACAACAGAACCGUCAAAGCGCUGCUUUCUUUUAAUAACGUGAAAUCUAUGAAAUUCAACUUUUUCGAGAUCCCCUGCAUUUUUUAGGGGUUAUCAAAAAAGUUACCUUUUUUACAUUUCAUAACCAUGUCUGGAGUUUAUUAAGUAUGUUUUACUUGAGAUUUUGAAGAUAUAUUUGAUAUUUACAUCAAAUAUAUCUUCUUCAUCUCACGUAAACAUUCCAUUACCAUAUAUGAAAUAUUACAGACAUCCCUGCAUUUCUUCACACCAUGUCAAUUUAUUUUAGCGUCUUAAGAUAUUCUCGAUUUAUUUGGUAAUAUCUUGAGGCGGUUAAAUAAACUUGAACAUUCCAUGACCAUAUUUGGAGUAUGUUUACUCGAGAUUCUGAAGAUAUAUUUGAUAUUUUCAUGAAAUAUCUCUUCAGAAUCUUUAGUAAACAUUCCAAUACCAUAUUUGAAAUAUUACAGACAUCCCUGUAUUAACGUUUGCAUCGGGUGAAAAAAGAAUUGGAAUUGACCCGGUUCUUGCGUGGGUCAACGGGCAGCUGGUAAAAAUUAUUUCCGUCUAUGGCUCUGAAGAAACCAGAAUGUUCUAUGGUUUUUGCGAUAUCUGUGGUGCUCAACCCUAUGGUAUUGAAAAAUGUGAUGAAAAAAUACACAAAAUAAAUAGUAUACAAAACGAAAUCGGUGUUCUACGCAAAAAAGCAGAAUUACUAGAAGAAGAUUGUCAAAAAGAAGUAACCCGAGAUGAUCUGGAUAAAGAAAUCGAUCUAUUGAAAAAUAUUCUAAAAAUUACCAUUGACGCUAAAAACUUGUAA